GUGAUGCUGGAGCAAACAUGGCCGCCCCGGCGCCCGUUGGGCCCUCGGGCUCCCGCUGUCGUCGGCUGGCCGCGGGCCUGCGGCUGCUCCCGAUACUGGGGUUGCUGCAGCUGCUGGCCGAACCGGGUCUGGGCCGCGUUCACCACCUGGCACUCAAGGAUGAUGUGAGGCAUAAGGUUCAUCUGAACACCUUUGGAUUCUUCAAGGAUGGGUAUAUGGUGGUUAAUGUCAGUAGCCUCUCAGUGCAUGAGCCCGAAGGAGCCACACACAAGGAUGCAACUAUUGGAUUCAGCCUAGACCGUACGAAGAAUGAUGGCUUUUCUUCUUACCUGGAUGAAGAUGUGAAUUACUGUAUUUUACAGAAAAAGGCUGUCUCUGUCACCCUUCUAAUCCUAGACAUCUCCAGAAGUGAAGUACUAAUAAGGUCUCCACCAGAAGCCGGUACCCAGUUACCAAAGAUCAUCUUCAGCAAGGAUGAGAAAGUCCUUGGUCAGAGCCAGGAGCCUAAUGUUAACCCUGUUUUAGCAGACAACCAGACUCAGAAAAAACAAGAGAGUGGAAAGUCUAAAAGAAGUACAGUGGAUUCAAAGGCAAUGGGAGAGAAAUCCUUUUCUGUUCAUAAUAAUGAUGGGAAAGUUUCAUUUCAGUUUUUCUUUAACAUCAGCACUGAUGACCAAGAAGGCCUUUAUAGUCUUUAUUUUCAUAAAUGCCUUCGAAAGGAAUUGCGGCCUGGUGACAAGUACUCAUUCAGCCUUGAUAUUGAUAUCACAGAGAAGAAUCCUGACAGCUAUCUCUCAGCAGGAGAAAUUCCUCUCCCCAAAUUAUACAUUUCUAUGGCCUUUUUCUUCUUCGUUUCUGGGACCAUCUGGAUUCACAUCCUUCGAAAACGAAGGAAUGAUGUGUUUAAAAUUCACUGGUUGAUGGCAGCACUUCCUUUCACCAAGUCUCUUUCCUUGGUGUUCCAUGCAAUCGACUACCACUACAUCUCCUCCCAGGGCUUUCCGAUUGAAGGUUGGGCUGUUGUGUACUACAUAACUCACCUUUUGAAAGGGGCGCUACUGUUCAUCACCAUUGCUCUCAUUGGUACUGGCUGGGCUUUCAUUAAGCACAUCCUUUCCGAUAAAGACAAAAGGAUCUUCAUGAUUGUCAUCCCACUCCAGGUCCUGGCAAAUGUGGCCUAUAUCAUCAUAGAGUCCACUGAGGAGGGCACCACUGAGUAUGGCUUGUGGAAGGAUUCUCUCUUUCUGGUUGACCUGCUGUGCUGCGGAGCCAUCCUCUUCCCAGUGGUGUGGUCAAUUAGACAUUUACAAGAAGCAUCAGCAACAGAUGGAAAAGCUGCUAUUAACUUAGCAAAGCUGAAACUUUUCAGACAUUAUUACGUCUUGAUUGUGUGUUACAUAUACUUCACCAGGAUCAUUGCAUUUCUCCUAAAGCUUGCUGUUCCGUUCCAGUGGAAGUGGCUCUACCAGCUCCUGAAUGAAAUGGCCACGCUGGUAUUCUUUGUUCUAACGGGGUAUAAAUUCCGUCCAGCUUCAGAUAACCCCUACCUACAACUUUCUCAGGAAGAAGAUGACUUGGAAAUGGAAUCUGUAGUGACAACGUUAGGGGUGAUGGAGAAUAUGAAGAAAGUCAAGAAGGUGACCAAUGGCUCUGUGGAGCCUCAGGGUGACUGGGAAGGCACCGUGUGAUGGAGCCAGCCUGAGGAGGACGCUGUCAAAGGAGACUUUUAAUUUAUUAACAGUCUAUUGGUGAGCAAGAGCAGUUCCCGACAGUGAACUAACUAUCGGCACCUCCCAGCAGUGACACCACAGAGCACAUGGCUGGGAGCAAAGUGCCACGGAAACCUAAUUUUGUAUUCUCUUUUGUGGAAACUGGAUUUAGCUGGUUAUAGGCAGCUAGAAUUCUCCUUCAGGUGGGCAUGGUGGGGAGGGAGCAUAGAGGAGAGGGAGGAGGACAGAAGGAGGAAUUUAUUUUUAAUUUAAAUUUUUUUACAAUUGGGAGCUCUGAGGUAUCUGCAGCCAUGAUCCCAAGUGUGUUGUGGCAUAGAAAGGGGUGUUGGUGGUGGGGAGGUGGGUGGGAGGCAUGUGUCUGCUGCCAGUCACAGUACGGGAGCAGGGCUUUGUGAAAGGGUCACAUGUCUACUGAUGAUACAGGGACUACAAAGGAGGGAAAGGGACAGUCUCAUUACACCUUUGGGAGACAAAAAUGAAUGAAAUUAGGUUAAUCUAGAAAGCAAAGUCAAAACCCAACUUAGUGUGUAGCACCUGCCCCAGGAUUCCUAGCCCUGAAUUUUGCCUCAGACCUUUAUUUCAGAUUCUAAAAGUGAUCAGGAACCAACAGCUCUAGAGGCCCAGUAGUCUUCUUUCUAAAAGGGCUCUGUCCUCUGAGGGCUGUAAUGUCACUGUCAAGGUCGUGGCCCUGGAACACAGUCCAGCUGGUGGGAAAUGGGUUUCUUGAUUGAGGUGUAUUCUACGUUGCUUAAGGGAUGGGAAGAAGUGUAUGUGUAUGUUACAGGUCAAAAAGCAUCCUCCUAUAGGAUUUCCCUGCACAUCUGGCUCUCCUAGCUGUCCAGAGCAGCACUGUCUUUCCUUUUUUUUUUUUUUUUUUUUU